CACUAGCUCAGCAACAGCCAACAAGCAUCAGGGCUGCAGGGAUUUAGCAGCGACCAUGGGAGACACCUAUAUACGACAUAUUGAACUGCUGGGCUACGAGAAGAGGUUUUUCCCAAGCCAGCACUAUGUCUACAUGUUUCUGGUGAAAUGGCAAGAUCUCACCGAGAAAGUUGUGUAUCGGAAGUUCACCGAGAUCUACGACUUCCAUAAAGCUUUAAAGGAGAUGUUUCCGAUUGAAUCCGGGGACAUUAGUAUUGAGAACAGGAUCAUUCCUCACUUGCCUGCACCAAGGUGGUUUGACAGCCAGCGAAUCACCCAAAAUCGGCAAGACACGCUCUCCGAGUACACCAUGGCCCUCAUCAACCUUCCCCGCAAGAUCUCCCGGUGUGGACAUGUCUUGACCUUCUUCAAAGUCAGACCGGAUGACCUGAACCCACCUAUAGCAAGCCACGUCAAGAAACCAGAAACCUUUUUGAUACCAAAAGACUCCAAGAAGAUUGCAACAGAUAUCACAGGACCCAUCAUCCUACAGACGUAUCGGGCAAUUGGCGACUAUGAGAAGAACUCCAGCACUGAGAUGGGGGUCAAAAUGGGGGACAUGGUGGACGUCGUGGAGAAAAGCGAAAGCGGUUGGUGGUUCUGUCAGCAGAAGAACAAACGGGGUUGGGUCCCCGCCGCCUACCUUGAACCUAUGGAUGGUCCAGAUGAGUCUGAAGAACAGGAUCCCAACUAUGCAGGGGAACUCCACGUUGUCCGGAAAGGCUACACAGCCGCCCAGGAAGAUGAGAUCACUCUGAAGGAAGGGGAAACCAUAGAAGUUAUCCAUAAACUGCUUGAUGGAUGGUGGGUUGUCAGGAAGGACGAAACCACAGGCUAUUACCCGUCGAUGUAUCUGCAGAAAUCUGGGGAGGUGAAUAACCCAGAAAACAAUCAGCUGAGGAACAAAGGAGCCCCACCUCGAAGAUCCACCAUCCGAAAUAUCAAGAGCAUCCACAAUCAAAGCCGCAAGCAGAUCAGCCAGGAGACGUAUCGGCGGAACAGCGUGAAAUACUUAGUGAGCCGGAAGAAGAUGAGGAACAACCUCCUCUACAAAGGCGGCACUAUCACGGAGAAAGACGAGACAGAGAAUAACCAGUCCAAGGCUCAACCCGCCAUCCCACCGAGACCCAGUAAAGACUUGAUUGUGGCCCGCUGCUCGGAGACCACGAAAAGCAAAAUCAAGUGAGGAAGGAGCUUAUUUCUGCCCAUGGCAGCAUCUCCAAGGGACUCACUAGCCGGACUGGACUCCUGUGAAGUUCUGCUUUCCAGAACUCUGCGCCUGAAUUUUUAGCAAUGCGUAUUACCGUGUUUGUUGUAAAAUUGUCGUCAGUGCAGGGUUUGAUGCUGGUGGACUCUGUUCAUUCUUCAGGAUGUGCUUUUCCUUCUCCCCCCCCAACAUUAAAUCUUAUGGACUAGUGACUUGUUGGGCUCCAGAAGGUUUAAAUGCCUACACAGAGCAAUUGAGGCAUGAAAGCCUGUGGAUGCCUUGAGUGUUGGCUGGUCAGUGGGGUAACUGAUGCUCCUAAGAAAUAAAUAAUGCUGGCCAUUAGCUUUUGCUAGCUACUAGACUAGAAGUAUUCUGUCAAUCAUUUUUGUGAUAGCAGGAGAAGGAAGAAUGGUAUUAAUGCUUGUCACCCAUUAUCCGACAUAUAGCACAGGCUCUUUUGUAAAUUGUGUUUUUGGUUAAUAUGACCUUGGUCUAUGCCCAAGUAUAUCAAUAUAUGUAU